AUGAAGGAGGAGGAGGUAAUAAUAAAACUUCUGGGUCCUUUUUUCUCCUCCCACAUCUCCUCGUUGUCGCCGAUUUCCUCUGACGAUUACGCAAGACGAUGCUACCAAAUGGAGGUGAUGAAGCGUGUCGAAGUCAUGUCGAAACCGCCGGUUCGGGUGGUCGCUCAACCUCCACCACACCAGCAAGCAUCGGCCCAACAACAUCAGUAUCAUCAUCAGAACCAAAUGAUGUUCUCGGCUCCUAAUAACCGCCAACAUGUUAUUCCAACGAUGCAAGUGCAACCGACGAUGGCCUCUCAAAUCAAACGAAAUAUCCCGGCAAAUGCACAGUUUCAGAUGUCUUCUGAAACAACGGCCGAUUAUGGAGUGAAACCCCAAUCGGUUGAAAUUGUGCAACGAGUCAGAGCUGUUCGAAGACAAGUCGCCGAUGAGGAGACCGAACUACGACGACUCAGAGAGCUCGAGCACGAGACGACACAGCUCCGUGACAAGAAUCACGGCAGAGAAAAAGAUCUGGCAGUGCAAGGAUCAGUGUUGAAAGAAGCACAACUGGAACUUCGCAAUGCUUCAAUAAGGGCACAAUCCUUGAAUCGACACCUAGAAGAAAUGUACAGAAGGCGUCAAACGGCCGCUGCUGCAGCUCUUGUUGAGCAACGAAAAAUGCAGCAACAACAAGUUCAUCUGGCUCGAGCAACAAAUCAAGUGCCAGUUCAAGAGAUUGUGCGACCGCGCGCUUCUGUGGAACCCUUCCAAGUUGUCAACACCCAACAACAACAGGCAUCACCACAAAUGGUGAAGUCUGAUGAUUUCGCGGACAAAAGAGAAAUUCUCGAUUGCAACAACAGCAGCUAUGAUUCGAUUGAUGGGGCUGGAAUUAACAAGAUUCCGUCAGAACCAUCAUAUUUGGCACCAAGCAAAGAGAACCAACAUAAACAUGUGGAUACGAGUCCGUCACCUCCAAAAGAUCCUCAUCCAAGCCUCAGUCCGCCAUCGUCCUCUUCAACUUCACAAAAGGCUCCUGCUUUAAUCACUUUUGCACCACCUUCAUUUGAGCAGAAGAUCAACUCCUCAACUAUGACCCGUGAUUCCCCAUCUGUCGAGCGCCCAACAUCAUUCGGAGACAGUCUCGACGAGUCGCGUCUCAGAAGUGGAAAGACCGAUUUGGUAUCACUUCGAUCUGAUUCUCUGAAAGCCACCAAACGUCGUUCGUGGGCUGCAUCAGAAGGAACAUCGAUGUCGGAAGCUGAGAUGAUCCAUAGACUUCUUGAUGAACAACGUCGUGGACGAACUCACUUCAUUCCACAACUUCCAACUUCUCAAGAAGAGCCGACCACUGUGAAUUCAGAAACCUACGCUGAGGAAGUUGCUAAUACUGAAUUGAAACAACAAGAAAUUACACCAUCAACUUCUCCUAACAAUCUAGAAUUACCAAUUGAACAAAUGACGUUGGGAAGUGACACAACGACAGAAGAAGAUGCCAGUUCAUGCUCCACCCGUUCGGACGAUGGACAGAAUUUGGAGAUGGAAGUUGCACCAGAGAGAAGAACAGUCAAAGGUAUUCUUAGAAGACCCAACGAGAAAAUGAACAAAGGGCGUAUUGAAUUCGAUCCAUUAGCUCUUUUGCUCGAUGCUGCCCUCGAAGGAGAGCUUGAUUUGGUGAGAAGCAGUGCUGCUAAACUGACGGAUGUGUCACAAGCCAAUGAUGAAGGGAUUACCGCAUUGCACAAUGCGAUUUGUGCUGGUCACUACGAGAUUGUGCGGUUUUUGAUCGAGCACGACGCGGAUGUAAAUGCCCAAGAUUCUGAUGGUUGGACUCCACUUCACUGUGCUGCUUCAUGUAACAAUCUUCCAAUGGUCAGACAACUCGUCGAAGGAGGUGGUUGCGUUCUAGCAUCAACUCUCUCUGAUAUGGAGACCCCAGUAGAGAAAUGUGAAGAGGACGAGGACGGCUACGAUGGAUGUUUGAAAUAUCUGCUCGCUGCUCACAACUCAACCGGAACCAUCAACACUGGAAAAGUGUAUGCAGCCUACGGAUAUGAAGCAGAAUUCGAAGAUGAACUGAGUUUCGAUGCUGGUGAUGAGUUGACAGUACUGGCUAAAGAUACAGUCGACAAGAAUUGGUGGACGUGUAAGAAAGAAAACGGAGACAAGGGGCAAGUGCCGAGAACGUAUUUGGCUUUGUAUCCAGCAUUGAAGUAUAGAAAGAAGCUCAACUUCGUGAUGUUCGAUCUUCCGUUGGAGUCUAACAACAACGUCGAGUAG